AUAGUAUUACCCGGAGGUUGUUUGAUGAGGAGGACAGUCAGUAUGUCACUUAUGUAGCUUAGCUGUAGCUCAUACAAAGCGUCAAACACACAAAGGUAAACUCCUUGUGAACAGCUCAGUGAAUACUUCCCCGUGUGUUUUCUCCUCCGUUGUCCAGGUGGAAUAAUGGCUGAUGACCCUCAGAGAAAUUUCCGCUCCGCGUAUUACGAGAAAGUGGGUUUCAGAGGAGUGGAGGAGAAGAAAUCUCUGGAAAUACUGCUGAAGGAUAAUCCCCUGGAUCUCGAGAAGCUGAGCACAUUCAGUCAGAGGUUUCCCCUCCCCUCCAUGUAUAGAAUCCAUGUGUGGAAGGUACUAUUGGGCAUCCUGCCUCCCCACAGUGACUCUCAUGCUCUGGUUGGAGGCUACAGGAAGGAGCAGUACCAGGAUAUCUUGGAGGCCCUGGAGGUGAUGAGAUACAUCAACUCCUCCACACCAUCCACCCACGUCUACCUGCGCAUGUUCCAGCUGGAGAGCCAGGUCCUCCCACGGUGCUCCGAGACCUCGCCCCCAGAUGAGGAGAAUGAAGACUUUCUCUCCAUCAGCCGAGCCAUGGAAGAGAUUGUAGAUGAUCCUGUUGACUGCUAUUGGCUUAUCAAGUGUUUUGUCAGUCAGUUCCACACAAAGUUUGGAGAUUCAAUACCACACCUUCCAAAGAGCCUGGAGCAUUACCUGAGUCAGGAGGAACCCCGACUUCUGAACCAUCUGAAGAACACAGGAGCCCUGGUUCAGCUGCCCCAUAACCUUUGGUUCAGACGCUGCUUCGCUGGCUGCCUGCCUGAAUCUAGCUUGCAGAGGGUGUGGGACAAAGUGAUCAGUGGCUCCUGUAAGAUCCUGGUGUUUGUGGCCCUGGAGAUCUUACUCAGCUACAAGAUCAUGUUGAUGGGCAUCAACCGGUCAGAGGGUGUGGUCAGGUUCCUGUGUAAUAUACCGCAGGAAAACACAGAUGCUAUUGUGACUAAAGCCAUUGACUUGUGGCACAAGUAUUGUGGCACCCCGAUGCAUGCUGUAUAGCCACUUCGAGCCAGACAAGGUCAAAAUCUGGAGCCAAAGGUGAGCCGCUUUCUCAGAAUCCACCAGGACUCCACUGAGACACUGCAGCGUUGACCAUCUAUUGGACUUUGUCUCCAAAUGACUGAACUGGAAACUCACCAUGGGUUACUUCUGAUAAGCCAGAGGAGAUGGGAGCCACUUUUCAUAUUGACAAGUCAACUUCCAGCUUUCUUCUGAGAACAUUCAAACUGUACUGGGGAAGAGACCCAAGUAGACGUGAGCACUGGAAACGGCGACUACACAGUGGAUGAUAAGCUGUUCAGUGCAGCAGGACGUGUGAAUUUUACAUGAAACCUGUUUGUAAAAAGACAAGGAAGCACAAACUUAUUUUUUAAUAAGUUUCUUUCUUUAAGAAACUGCAUACAUCAUAGAAGACUCACAAUAAAUUAAUACCCACAUGCAGUUUUUUCUUCUUUACAAAAACAUUUGAAAAGCCUCUUACUUUCUAUGUACAUCCUCUUAGUAUUCUGAGAAUAUAUUUCUCUCAAAACAUUUUUACAUGUACAAGUUACAUUACUGACUCUUGUACUCAACCAUACAUACACGCUUUCUCACACACAAUCAUAAUACACACACAGAGCAACUAGUUCUCCUCAGUUAUAUGGUCAAAACUGCCAAGUCAUAGACCCAGUAUGAACCAUUUCCAUAUUUUGUACCGUAAAAGACUCCACAAUAAACAAAAACAAAAAAAAGUCUACUUUCUUAUACUUCAGCAGAGAACUCAGUAGCAUUUGACUGUGUCUACAGAUAAUAUUCGGUAUCAAAUAAACAAGGUGUUUUGGCAACUUUUAAUUUCCCUGUAAACAAUACUGUAGGCACAGUGACAUAGUGAGUUACUGAACUCUCAACAGCAGUCACUCUGGGAUGCAUUCAAGGUCACAACCUCCGCAGCAAGUCAAGUUGCUUUGGUUUCAACUGGGAAUUUGAAAUCUUAAAUGUUUGAGCUCUUGAAUUCAGCCCAUAAACAGAUGGACAAGUAAGGAGAGAAUUUGAAAUUAUUGCUCAGUUGAUUGAUGUGACUGUUUAGAGAUUGAAAUUUGUACUGUUACUUUUUGUGGAGAGAGCCUUUUGGGAAUUUGAUUAGAACUACAGGACAAUUUGGCUUUAGAUUCAGCUGCCUUCAACAGUUUACAUUGUUGUACACGUUUUCAUUCCUCUGGCAAAUAACAAAGAAUGCUUAAGAUGUCAUCUGUGAGCCAACACAAGGACAUCCUCAAGGAAAGAUGAUGUCCAGUUAAGAAAGUAGAGUGAGGACAUGGUAAAAGGCAAGAAAAUAAGAAAAAUCAAAGCCCCAUCUUCACUUCCUACUAUUCCCAUCCUUGAAAUUGGCACAGAUUCUGUGUUUGACCUCCAAUAGCCUUGUUCAAAAACAGAAGUGCUAUAAGAUAAACAUAUCGCCACCUCUUCAUCAUAAAAAAAUGACAAUUGAAAGCUUUUGAAUAUCAAGAAGUCUGCAAAAUCUCCACUGACAGGAGAUGACAGUCGAGAGUUUAAUCCAUCUCAAAGUUCUUUUCUCCAAUUUCCUGUAAUGGCUCAAAAUCAUGUUGAGGCCGUCAGUAUGAAGUUGACGCUGGACAGCGUUCGCAGUACGAGGGCAGCAGGUAGCAGUCUGAACACUUGAGGCUUCUGUGGGAGUAUAAAAACAUGGACGAGGUCUGACUGAGCCACUUCAUGGUCGGUGAAACCUACAAAGAGAAACCGCAAAAAGACAGUGAUUAAAGUCCAUGCUAGCAGCAUGGACUUUCGCAGAAUAAAAUAUCUUAAAGUUCUUUUACUGACAUUGAUGAAACUAAGUUAAGAGGGGUUACAUGUCACCUUGCCUCCUUUACAAAGUGUAGAUCUGUGUUUAUACAGUCCCUGACAAAAGUCUUGUCGUUUGGGUACAAGUUGACCUUAAGUGCCCCUCAAUUAUAUUUCUAAUAAUUUUUUAAUUUUUUUUUUUUUUUACAAGAAAUGGCUAAUUUAAAUCCCAACAACUUUUGAAAAAAUGUUUUGGUGCCAAGCAAAACUGCUGAAAAGCAUUCUAACAUUCACAGCUUGGUAAAGCCCACUGAGCCAGUUUUUGCAAAGACAAAAGUCUUGUCGCCUUGUCAUAUGAUGUACCCAAUCCUAGAUUACAGCCUCACCUGUGAUCAGUAAUUGAUCAGUCAAUUAGUGUGUAUAAAAAGAACCCCAGCAUACCAGACCUUCACAUCAACUGAAACUUGACCUCUGACAACAUGCCUAAGAUUCACCCUGAGACCAAAGCAUUGAUUAUCAAGGGGCCGAAGACCAGAUCCACUGCUGAGGUGGUUGACACUUUCAGUGUGUCUCAGCGUCAAGUACAAAGAAUAAGAAAAUGAUCUGAAGAGACUUGUUUUGGUCAUGUCCGUCUUUGCAUAAUUUUUGGUCUUCAAUCUUCCAAUCACUUUCGGCGAUACCUGGCAAAGCACUGCAACCUGACCCUCUGACAGCCAUUUUUGGUAUAGUUGGGGAUGAGCUUGGGGUGUCCUGCCUCCACAGAAAUGCAAUCGCUUAUGCAUCACUGCAUGCCCGCCGUCUGAUAUUGCUGAACUGGAAGGGAAAGUCUCCUCCUAUGUAUAUCCACUGGAUUAGAGAGGUGAUGUUAAGAUUAGACUUAGAAAAAAUUAAAUAUACAGUAUGUGGACUUGAGGAUAAAUAUGACAAAACCUGGUCGCGAUUCAUAACUCAUAUUAGGAGUCUGCCUUUCACCUGAUCACUCAUCGCCCUUCCAUGACUGCUGGCUUAAACCUUUGAAUGCCUAAACUAUGUUGAUCAGGAUCUAUUCUUUAUUUUUUUCUUCUCCUCUAUCAGAGGUCUAAAUGUUGGUAGUACAAGCACAAUAUUUGAAGCAGAAUGAUUUGAGUCUUCAGUGUGUGUUCAUAUGUUUUUGUUUUUUUUGCUCCUUUUAAUACACUUGUGUACAUAUAUUUCCCUCUUAGAGCAUUUAUAUGCUUGGAAACAAAUACUCUAACAAGUAUGUGAAGGAUAUGUAUGCUUCUGUGUGUGAAUGUGUAUGUGUAUAUGUGUAUGUAUGUAUGUAUAUGUACAUGUAUGUGCACAAAUUAGUGUCUAUUUGCUGCUUGUUUUAAUAUAUGUUGGGUUGAGUGGUUUACUGUUUGUAAUGGGGAAUGCCACCUGGUGGGGAGGGGGUUUACAACUUCUUUAAGAAAUGUGUUAAUUGAUACCAAUGUUUUUGUUAUGAAAAAUGAUAAAUAAAGUUUGAAAAAAAAAAAGA